AUGGCUUUGAUCGACUUCAACACCAUCAAGAACGCGUAUGAAGAGCCCAGCCUCAUUACCAGCGAGGGCGGCCUCAGGGAGGAGUACAGCCCGGGAGACCUCGGCUUCGACCCCGCCAAGAUCAAGCCCAAGAACCCGGUGCUCGUGAAGAAGAUGCAGAACAAGGAGAUUAGCAACGGGCGCCUCGCCAUGAUCGGCAUCGCCGGCAUGUUGGUGCCGGAACUGGUUAACGGGCAGGACAUCCUCGGUUAA